AUGGCGAUGAACAGGGUGAGGAACGCUUUUGCGCCUCCUCGCAAAGGCGAGACGUUUGAAUUGAGGGCUGGUCUUGUAUCGCAAUAUGCCUACGAGCGCAAAGAAGCCAUCCAGAAGACAAUCAUGGCGAUGACUCUGGGUAAAGAUGUCUCGCAACUGUUCCCGGAUGUUCUCAAAAAUAUUGCGACCGCCGACCUUGACCAGAAGAAGCUGGUGUACCUAUAUCUCAUGAAUUAUGCCAAGUCACACCCCGACCUUUGCAUUCUAGCCGUCAACACCUUUGUACAAGACUCCGAAGAUCCGAACCCUCUAAUUCGCGCCCUGGCAAUUCGAACCAUGGGCUGCAUUCGAGUAGACAAAAUGAUUGAUUACAUGGAAGAACCCUUACGGAAGACACUUCGAGACGAAUCACCGUACGUACGAAAGACUGCCGCCAUCUGUGUCGCAAAAUUAUUUGAUCUCAAUCCCUCCAUGUGCCUCGAAAACGGCUUCCUUGAGACCCUACAAGAAAUGAUUGGCGAUCCAAAUCCUAUGGUGGUAGCAAACUCCGUGCAAGCCCUUGCCGAGAUCAGCGAGGCCGCGCCCGAGACGAACGCUCUACAAAUCACCCCGAACACACUAAAGAAACUCCUUAUGGCACUGAAUGAAUGUACAGAGUGGGGGAGAGUUACCAUCUUGAGUUCGCUGGCCGAGUACAAGGCUCACGAUGUCAAAGAAGCCGAACACAUAUGUGAAAGGGUGACACCUCAAUUCCAGCACGUUAACUCGAGCGUCGUGGUAGCUGCGGUCAAGGCUGUCUUUCUGCACAUGCGAUACCUCCCACAAGAAACACAAAAGUCAUAUCUGAAGAAGAUGGCGCCACCCCUGGUGACGCUAGUCUCAUCAGCACCGGAAGUACAGUACGUUGCGCUUCGAAAUAUCGACCUUCUCCUUCAGAAACAGCCGGACAUACUCAGUAAAGAAAUACGAGUCUUCUUCUGCAAAUACAACGAUCCUCCUUACGUCAAAUUCCAGAAACUGGAAAUCAUGGUGCGGAUAGCAAACGAAUCGAAUGUCGACCAGUUACUUGCCGAACUCAAAGAAUAUGCAUUGGAAGUGGAUAUGGAUUUUGUGCGCCGAGCAGUCAAGGCGAUCGGACAAGUCGCCAUCAAGAUCGAAAGUGCCAGUGAACGCUGUGUCAACGCUCUCCUGGACCUGAUUAACACGAAGGUCAAUUAUGUGGUUCAGGAGGUCAUUGUGGUCAUCAAAGACAUUUUCCGGAAAUAUCCUGGCUACGAAGGUAUCAUCCCAACACUGUGCAAAUGCAUUGAUGAGCUGGAUGAACCCAAUGCUAGAGGAUCUCUUAUCUGGAUUGUUGGUGAGUAUGCGGAAAAGAUCAGCAAUGCCGGAGACAUACUCGGCGGGUUCGUUGAUGACUUUGCCGAAGAGUUUUCUCAGACCCAACUACAAAUACUUACCGCAGUUGUAAAGCUCUUCCUAAAGUCUCCGCAGGCUGCACAAGGCCUUGUCCAGAAGGUCUUGAACGCGGCAACUGCGGAGAGCGACAACCCAGAUAUCCGCGACCGAGCAUACGUCUACUGGCGAUUGCUCUCCAACACAAGCGACCAAAAUGCCCCCAAAAACAUUAUUCUUUCCGAGAAGCCGCCCAUCACCACCACUAUCCAGUCAUUACCACCUGCCCUUCUCGACAGACUCCUUGGCGAACUUUCGACGUUGGCUUCGGUAUAUCAUAAGCCACCCGAGCAAUUCGUUGGUCAAGGCCGCUUUGGUGCGGACGCUGUUCAACAAGCCGCGAUCGAAGAACAAAUGCAGAAUGCGCGAGAAAAUCCACUGGCAGCUGCCGCCGCCGCUGCAGCCGUCCAAGGCAAGGCACCACAACCAACAAACAACGACGAGAACUUACUCGACAUCGACUUUGAUGGUGCAGCUCCCGCAUCAGCCACCGAGAAGCCUACCGAUGGUUUCUCUGGAUUGGAGGGACUUGCAGGCACACCUCAAAGAGUGGCUUCGCCGACAGUCAGCCAACCUGCUGCUGCUAACAACAUGGACGAUCUACUUGGAGUAUUUGGUAACGGGGGAUCGUCCACAGUCCCCAGCUCGUCUGGGUUCGGCGGCAUGACUGACAAUGAUAUAUUGAAUGGCUUCGCGUCAAUGGAUUUGUCACAGUCGCAACCACCGCCACCCAAACAACAACUCGCCAGCGCCGGAAGUAACAGUGCGAGUGAGGAUUUGUUAAGCCUCUGA